AUGACACUCAACAAUUGUAUCAUCUGCAACAACGCAGCGAACAAACGAUGCAGCAAUUGCAAAUCUGCUGCAUACUGCUCAACCAGAUGUCAAGGAAUCGACUACCCACUCCACAAGCUCCUCUGCUCAGAGAUGACGUCUUUCCUCUCGAGCAACCCCCGCCCCAAGGACACGAUCACGGAGACUCACAAGCUCGCCAUCCUCUUCCCCGAGCACGGCACAAUUCCCAAGCUCGUCUGGGCACGAAGCGAGACGUAUAGCGAGGAGGAGGACGGCGAUAAGGAGGUCUCGAUCCACGUCGAAGAGCAUGUCCCAGGAGCUACGGGCUGCGAGUACGUCUUCGCCAGUGGCUACAAUCUUGAGAUCUACAUGAGCGACCAUGCGGUGGGAACUUGCGGCCCAACAGAGAGCAUCUAUGCCUCAACAUCAGGCUUCGAUAUCCCAGCUGGAAGAUGGCUUGGCCCUGUCAUUGUUGUCUGA